CCAAUUUUUAUUUUUUUACAGCUUUGCAGCUCUUGUCACCGUUGAGAUGACAAGUUUAUAACUACUACAAUCAUUUUUUUCCCGCCCAAUUAAUUUUCACACUCUUUUUCUUUUUCUUUUUUCUCUCUUUCUUUUCCUUCUCAUCUAUCCGCAGCUCAAACCAAAAGCUAGGGUUUCUACGAAUCUUGACCACCUAUGGAGGUCGCUCAGAUCGCCCCGCUACUCAGCCAGACGCUCAGCCCCGAUAGCAACGCCGUCCGUACCGCUUCGGAAGCUCUCGAUCGCCUCUCUCUCCGCCCUGAAUUCCCUUUCUCUCUCCUCUCCAUCGCCGCCGGUGGUGAAAAUCAAGGUCAAAAAGUUGCUGCUGCCACUUACCUUAAGAACUUCACUAGACGAAGCAUCAAUGAUGAUGGUACAUUGUCAAAAGUCAGUAAGGAGUUCAAGGAGCAGCUUUUGCAAGCUUUGCUUCAAGUUGAACCUGUGGUUCUAAAAGUUUUGGUUGAAGCGUUCCGGAUCAUUGUUGUCACUGAGUUUGUGAAGCAGAAUUCAUGGCCUGAACUCGUACCUGAUCUGUUGUCUGCUAUUCAAAAUAGUAACCUUAUUAGCAAUGGUGCAGAUUGGAGAUGGAACACCAUCAAUGUCCUUACAGUUCUUCAUGCACUUCUUCGACCUUUCCAGUAUUUUUUGAAUCCUAAAGUUGCUAAGGAGCCAGUGCCACCACAGCUAGAGCUAAUUGCAAAAGAAAUUCUUGUACCCCUGCUGGCAUUAUUCCAUCAUUUGGUUGAAAAGGCUUUAGCUACCCAUGAUAGAACAGAAAUGGAAACGGAGAAAGUCCUUCUCACUAUCUGUAAAUGCAUAUAUUUUGCUGUGAGGUCGUAUAUGCCAUCUACUUUAGCUCCUCUUUUGCCUUCAUUUUGUCGUGAUCUGAUCAGCAUUCUGGGUUCUCUGAGUUUUGAUUGUGCUGUUACCUUGGAGGAUGGAUACAUGAUGAGAUUGAAGACUGGGAAGAGAAGUUUGCUUAUUUUCUGUGCUUUGGUUACCCGACACCGGAAGUUUUCUGAUAAGUUGAUGCCAUACAUUAUAAACUGUGCUUUAAAUGUGGUCAAAUAUAGCAAAAAUAUCAGUGAGCUUGAUUUUUUAUCAGAGAGGAUUUUUUCCCUAGCUUUUGAUGUGAUAUCACGUGUCCUAGAGACAGGCCCAGGAUGGAGAUUAGUUUCACCUCAUUUUACCUUCUUGUUGGACUCUGCAAUCUUUCCAGCUCUAGUAAUGAAUGAGAAGGAUAUUUUGGAGUGGGAAGAAGAUGCAGAUGAAUACAUGCGGAAGAAUCUUCCAUCUGAUCUUGAUGAAAUUUCUGGAUGGAGGGAGGAUUUGUUUACAGCCAGAAAAAGCUCAAUGAACUUACUUGGUGUUAUUUCAAUGUCAAAGGGCCCUCCAAUGGGAACUUCCAGUAAUGGUCCUUCAGCUUCAUCAAAGCGCAAAAAAGGUGACAAGAGACAUAAUCAACACCGUUAUAUGGGGGAGUUGUUUGUUCUUCCAUUUUUGUCGAAGUUUCCUAUUCCUUCCGAUGCAAAUGCAUCACAAACUAGAAUUAUUAAUGAUUAUUUUGGUGUUCUGAUGGCAUAUGGUGGUCUGCAAGAUUUUCUAAGGGAGCAAGGAUCUGGCUAUGUAACUACUAUUAUUCGUACUCGGGUGGUACCAUUGUAUACGCUAUCUGUGAGCCUACCGUACUUGGUUGCCACUGCAAAUUGGAUACUUGGAGAGCUUGCAACUUGUCUACCAGAAGGGAUGAGUGCAGAUGUAUAUUCUUCAUUGCUCAAGGCAUUGGCCAUGCCUGAUAAAGGGGAUACUUCUUGUUAUCCUGUCAGGGUUUCUGCUGCUGGAGCAAUUGCUGCGCUUCUUGAGAAUGACUAUGCGCCACCUGAGUGGUUACCUCUACUUGAAGGUGUGAUUGGUAGGAUUAGUAAUGAAGAUGAAGAGAGCUCCAUUUUAUUCCAGCUUCUGAGUUCAGUGGUGGAGGCUGGAGAUGAAACUGUUGCAGUUCAUAUACCAUAUAUUGUUUCCUCAUUGGUGGGUGCAAUCUCAAAGUGGAUACCUGCAAAUCUGGAGCCAUGGCCUCAAGUGGUUGAGCGGGGCUUUGCAGCAUUAGCUGUGAUGGUUCAAUGUUGGGAAAACAUUGUGCCCGAAGAACUUGAGCAAAAUGAAUCAAGUGAAAAGUGGACAUCUGGCCGAGCUACCAUUGGUGGAGCAUUCUCUGCUCUCUUGCAACGGGCUUGGCUCUCAACUGUUUACCAACUGGAUAAGGAAGGUGAGGCUUCUGCCCCUCCAUCAUGCAUAGAUGAUUCAUCAAAGUUGCUCUUGUCCAUUAUGCACUCUGUUACUGGAAGUAAUAUGCUUCUAGAGUUUAAAGUGUCAGAGCUAUUGUUAGUUUGGGCUGACCUAAUAGCAGACUGGAAUGCAUGGGAAGAAUCAGAGGAUUUAUCAGUUUUUGACUGUAUCAAGGAAGUUGUGAAUCUACACAGCAAAUAUGGCUUGAAGAAUUUUCUUGUAAGACAGAUGCCAUCCCCUCCAGCUCCACCUGUGCCUCAGCGUUCUAUCAUUGAAGGCAUUGGUGUUUUUGUCAGUGAGGCCAUAUUGCAGUAUCCGUCUGCAACAUGCAGGGCUUGCUCAUGUGUCCACGUACUACUGCAUGUACCAAGUUAUUCAUUUGAAACUGAUGGUGUGAAGCAGUCAUUGGCGAUUGCUUUCAGUCAGGCAGCAUUUUCUCAUUUCAGAGAAAUUCAAAGCAAGCCUAGCUCACUAUGGAAGCCUUUGUUGCUUGCUAUAUCAUCAUGCUACUUAUGCUAUACUGACAUGGUGGAGGGGAUUUUGGAGAAAGGUGAAAAUGGUGGUUUUGCAAUUUGGGCUUCUGCCCUGGGUUUUCUCCUCACCAGCUCCUUUGAACCUCGUCUGUCAGCAACAUCUGAGAUAAAGUUGGUUGUGAUGGCACUUGCCCAGGUGGUUGAACGGCUGUUGGGACUGGGGAAGCCAAGUGGUGUUUUGUUGCAUGACUGCUUUACUUCACUGUUGGAGGCAUCUGUACGUUUGAAAGAAGUGCAGGAAGAAAAGGAAGAAGAUGAAGAUGAUGGACAGGCCGAAGAUGGUGACGACGACGAUGAUGAUGUUGAUGAUGAAGAAAGCGAAGAUGAUGACGAGGAGUCUGAAGCUGAGGAACAUGAAGAAACCGAAGAAGAAUUUUUGGAUAGGUAUGCUAAAGCAGCCGUUGCUUUGGAAAAUGGAAUAGUUAUUGAGGAAGGAGAUGAGGAAGAUGAAGACCAUGAGACUGAGUUAGGUAGUUUGGAAGAGGUCGAUCAGAAGAGAGUUGUGUUUUCAUUGAUUGAGAAACACCACCAAGUUCUAAUACAAGGGCAGGCAUUACCAUUGCAGCUCAUUUCAAGUUUCGUGAAUGCCUACCCUGAGUUUAGUUUAUUCUUCCAGCAAUCCAGGUGAGAGAGUAUUUGAUUCAAUAUGAAGUUGUGCAGAGGGACAAAGAAAGGCUUUGAAUAGAGUUUUGUGGUUGGCUGUUGAGUGAUGUAUGUUGGGGCAAGAGGAAGCUCAUAAAUUUAUUCAUUUCUAAAAUUAACAUAUAAAUUAUAAUGUUGAACAAACUGGGUGUGCCAUCCCCCCUUUUUGGCUUUUUGUUGUUGGGUUACAUGAUUUCUCAAGACAUAGUUGUGAAAUGUAUUAAAGAUGAAUUUGAUGUGUA